CGCAGGUUGCUGAUCACCGCCAGGCGGCUGCUGCAGCGACUGCAGAGGCGCUGCGCCAAGCGGCGCGGGAGUCGUGAGAGCCGGCGGGACUGCGGAGGGCGAGUGGACCCAGCCCCGGGAACACCGUCCAUCCCACCGCUAACCAGGACCCGCAGUCUCAUGGCCAUGUCCCUGCCAGGAAGUAGACGCGCCUCUGCCGGAUCUCGCAGGCGCACUUCUCCACCUGUGAGUGUGCGGGACGCCUACGGCACCUCUUCCCUCAGCAGCAGCAGCAACUCUGGCUCCUGCAAGGGCAGUGACAGCAGCCCCACACCGAGGCGCUCCAUGAAGUAUACACUAUGCAGCGACAACCAUGGCAUCAAGCCCCCCACCCCAGAGCAGUACCUGACUCCAUUGCAGCAGAAGGAAGUUUGCAUCCGGCACCUAAGAGCCCGGCUCAAGGACACACAGGACCGGCUUCAGGACCGGGACACGGAGAUCGAUGAUCUGAAGACUCAGCUGUCUCGCAUGCAGGAGGACUGGAUUGAGGAGGAGUGCCACCGUGUGGAAGCCCAGCUGGCUCUGAAAGAGGCCCGCAAGGAGAUCAGGCAGCUCAAGCAGGUCAUCGACACCGUCAAGAACAACCUGAUUGACAAGGACAAGGGGCUACAGAAGUACUUUGUGGACAUCAAUAUCCAGAACAAGAAGCUGGAGACGCUGCUGCACAGCAUGGAAGUAGCCCAGAAUGGAAUAGCCAAGGAGGAAGGAACCGGGGAAUCGGCUGGUGGGUCCCCAGCACGCUCCCUCACCCGCAGCUCCACCUACACCAAGCUGAGUGACCCAGCUGUCUGUGGUGACCGCCAGCCAGGGGAUCCCUCCAGCACCUCUGCUGAGGAUGGAGCUGACAGUGGAUUUGUGGCUGCUGACGACACACUGAGUCGGACGGACGCCCUGGAGGCCAGCAGCCUGCUGUCAUCAGGAGUGGACUGUGGCCUGGAGGAAGCCUCGCUGCAGAGCUCCUUCAACCUGGGCCCUCGCUUCCCUGCCAGCAACACCUAUGAGAAGCUCCUGUGCGGCAUGGAGGCCGGGGUGCAAGCCAGCUGCAUGCAGGAGCGGGCCAUCCAGACAGACUUCGUGCAGUACCAGCCUGACCUGGACACCAUCCUGGAGAAAGUAGGCCAGACUCAGGUGUGUGGGACAGUCCCCAAGGACAGGCACUCAGAGCUGGAUCCUCACCCCUCAGGGCCCAGAGACCCCAACUCAGCAGUGGUGGUAACAGUGGGUGACGAGCCUGAGGCCCCAGAGCCCAUCACCUGUGGGCCAACUACACACCGGCCUGCAGCCAACUCCAACCCGGGACUACCAGUGAGUGUGGUGUGUCCCGUGGAAGAGGAGGAGGAGGUAGCUGCCACUGAAAAGGAACCCAAGAGUUACUGGAGCCGCCACUACAUUGUGGAUCUGCUGGCUGUGGUAGUGCCGGCUGUGCCAACAGUGGCCUGGCUCUGCCGCUCCCAGCGGCGCCAGGGCCAGCCCAUUUACAACAUCAGCUCUUUGCUGCGGGGCUGCUGCACAGUGGCCUUGCACUCCAUCCGUAGGAUCAGCUGCCGCUCACUCAGCCAGCCAAGCCCUGGCUCAGCAGGCGGCUCCCAGCUCUGAGGUGGCUGCCAGCCCUCCACUUUUGGCAGCCUGACCACUGAUUGUAGGAUGCCAUUUGCUGCCCCUCAUAUCCCCAUGGGCAUCCUCUUAAUUUACUUUCAGGUCUGGAAUAGCGCCCCCACCCCAGAUGUUCAUAGUGUCAGGGCCUCAGGAAGGCAAUCCCAAAGCCUGAGAGAAGAGGUACAGGUGGCCAGUUGAAGAGAGAGACCCUGGUAAGAGCUCCCCUCUGGCCCCUCUGGCCCCCCCAGACUUCAGACAAGGCAGGCCCUGCUCAGAUAGUCUUUGGCUGUGUUGAUCUGGGGACCUGCCUCUCCCUUGCACCAUCCGUUCCAGCACCCAGCCCACUCCGUGUCUUCUCUCCCAGGCCACCCCUUGCCCUCUCCUCUGGCUCCUGGACCAGUAUUAGCUCCUCAAAUGGAGGCAGCCAGGACUCAAAAUGCAGAGAACCACUCCAAGCAGGGUCUGGCUGCCCAGGUCCCACUGAAGCUCCAGCCUCUCCUCCCUUGUCCUGGGAUGCAAAAGUACGAUCCAGCUGGAAGGACCAGCUCAGGCAGGAGAGGUGGAGGGCAGGGUAGGUUCUGUGUCUGUCUGUCUGUCCUCCAGGCCUUUCUCCCACAGUCCGUUUUCCUCUUGAUUCCUGGGUGUGUUCGAUCUUCAUGAGCUGUCCAAUGCCCCUUGCUACCCCUGACACACUAAUUAGGGAUUGGGAGAGAGCACUUACCCAAGCCCCAGCUUCCAUUGGGUGAAUCUGUCAGCACAGAGAAGACAAGGCGAGCGGCUCUAGGGGCCCUUUACCUUCCGAGAUGAGUCAUCUCAUCUGUAGCCUAAAGGUACCUCAGCGAUUUGGGAAAGUCAGGGGCCCCUUGCCCCAGGCCCCUUUGGCCUGACCCUACCUAUGUUUGCACUUGGUUCCCUUAGGGUCUUGGUUUCCUGCCCACCCCAGAACCCCCAAGCUGCUUGCUUUCUGGGAUGAGGGUUUCUGAAUCUCUGACCCAGCUAUCUCCAGAGGAAGGCGGCCAUCUGGAGGAAUCUGCAGAUGGGGUUCUGAAGUCACAACAUCUGCCUAUCCAUGCCAAAGUUGGGUCCCCUGGGCAUGUUUCCUAAUCAGGGGCGUGGCCAGGCAGUGGGAGCCUGCCCGGGCUGCUCCUGGUCCGGGCCCAGUCAGCCUGGGAAGAUGCUCUGAUCCUCACUUCCCUCUUCUUCCCAGAGAGGUCAGACCUGACUGGCCCACACCGGGGAGUUGGUAGAAGCCUGCAUCUCACUCUCUGAUCUAGAAGCCUCUGGUUCUCUGCUAAGGUCGCUUGCCCUCACCGUUGUCCCAGUGGCCACUACUUGACUCAUGAGUUCUGCCCCUCCACUCUAUGCCCUCCCCCAAGGGCGCCUGCAUGCACUGGGAGUGGGCAGCCAGCCUAGCCAUCAGGGCAAGAGCCCUCUGCCACGCGCUUUGUGCCUCCAAAACUCCCCCACCUUGGCUGAGGCCUCAGACCAGCCGUCCUUGGUGGAGCACCCCUACCCCAGCUGAACCAAACCCAAAUGCCUGAGGCCUCGCUGGGGCUGCCCCAUAGGACACUGGGGUGGUGCCAUGGAGAGACGGGAUAAAACUGAUCCAAAGCCAAGCCAGGACUGGCUACGGACCCAGCCUCCUGCGCCGUGCGCUCAUGGAGCUCCAUAUGUCUCCUUAGCAACAGUCGAAGCUCUGCUGAGAAAAUAAAUGUAUGAACUAUAUUUGACAACAUAAAUCCAUAUAUUUUUCACCACUGGCAUUUAGUCCAACUUCACAGCCCCUCUCUGUUCCAUGUCUUGCUGUCUGGGCCUUCUUGUCGUGUCUCGUGUUUUCGGUGAACUUGGGCAGGGGUAGAACUGCGGUCCACUCUGCUCCUGCUGCUGGAGAAGCCAUUGCAAAGUGCCUGGGUCUGUAGAGGCAGUAAGUGAAACUGACGGUCCUCCUGCUCCUACUCCUGCUCCGACCCUAGCCCCGCCUCGCAGGGGUCCUCUUCGGGGAGUUCUGCCUAUCAGAAGGGCUCUGCUCCUUGCCAGUGGAGUGAGCAGAUUAUUACCCCAUCCUUGGAUGAGACUGGAUAGCUGCAGGCUGGGGUACAGGCCCUGCUCCUAAGUGUAUAUAAGCCCAGAGUCGCGUAUCUGUAAAAAGGGGCUGUGAUACCAGGAGGUAGGCUUGGAAGUAGACACUUCAGCAGCCUGCUGGUUCCAGACGUGGAGAAGGGGGCUGAGAGCAAGUUGGGACUGGGCCAGGCUCCCUCGUAGAUGCUCAUUCCCAAAGCUCCCCUCUUUCCUUCCAGUUGGCCACCUCCAUAGGCUGCGAUUUGCCCUCUCGCCCUUGGCUCCUGGAGCAGAAAUGUUUAGGGUGCUCCUUUCCCCUGCCUCCAGUCAGAGCUGACAAGGUCUCGAGGAAGUGUCCCCAGGAACUACUUCUGUAACUACUGAGCCUUCGGAGCGGAGGGCCUUGAAAUAGUGGCUCCUUCGUUCUGGAGCCCUCUGUCAGCGCUCAGUGAGGACUUCUGAACAGAGGCAGCCUUGAGCAGAGUUCACGACCAAUGUCUUCAAGCAGGUAGCAUCCAUAGCUGUUCACUGAGACCCCUCCCCACCUGCACAGACAGCAGACAGCAGAUCCCAGGCUCUAGCCAAAGGCUAUUGAGGGUCCUCCACCAGGGAACUCACAGUCCCCUCUGAACUAGAUGACAACACAAGCAGGCCACCGUGCACUCUCACAUUAGGCUAUUCCCUUGAUAGAAACUUCAGGGGACACAGGAGGGGGGCCGUGGGCUAGGGUCUCCUUUGUCUUUUGUUCAGACAGAGAUGUACCUGUAGCAGACAGCUCUGAAUUAAAGCAUGAAGAUACACACAGCCCCUCAGCCUGGUGUCAGCUCUGAAUUAAAGCAUGAAGACACA